AGGAGCAGAGGUAUCUGCUAUUCAGACUAGGUCGGAGAAGGAUUUCCCGCUGAGACUUGGAGCAUCAUCAUCACUUCAGUUCAUUGGACUGUGGUCAUCCUCUUCUCAUAGCAGACACACACAGAUCCAACAGUCACAAGACAAAAAGGGGGGCGUCUCUCUACUCGUCAUGGCCCCUCCCUCUCUGUUGAUGUUGCUGAUGGUGUUUGCCAUGGUAAACGGGGCCCACGCAGGCGGCGAGGAAAAUGAACUGGAUUAUGGGUACUGGAACUACAGAGAGGGAGCUGACAGUGUGAAUGUGGCCUCAGUGCGAAGUGUGACCAGAGUUUUAGAUGCCUGGGGAAAACGCAUCUUCAAUGAGAUCAAGACUUCGCUGCACUCCCAGCCCAGCACACUGCUGCCUGACUACUCCAGGGUGCGCCCUCUGUCCGAGUCUGUCAACGACCUGUUCAGAGAAGUCACGCUGCUGCACCGCCGCAUCACCGAACUCUCCCAUCGCCUAGCAACACUGGAGCCGUUCCUCCGUCACCACGGCUACCGGGAGGAGGAGGAGGAGGAGGAGGAGGAGGAGGAGGAGGAGGCCGCGGGGGGCAGCCGGGCUCUAGCACCUCAUAGCCUGAGAGGAGAGGUGCCGAGACUGGCCCGCUACACCCCUAGGGCCAGCCCGCCCAGGGGGAGCCGGGUGGUGAAGAGGAGACGGGUUCGAGUCCUGAAGAACAAGAAAGUGAAGCUGGUUCAGAGUGAGAGAUAG